AUGGAACUGACGAAGCGCAAGGUGGGUCCGAGCCCUUCUUCCUCUCCUCCUCUUUCCCCUGGAAGCAAGGGCAUUCGUGUAACUGAGUUCGAUUCGCGCCCUGUAUGUAUGAAUGAGAUUCCUCGUCGCUACGUACAACAAGGGGUUCAACUCUUGCUAACGCGCGACUCGGAUGCCAGGAGAUGUUGGACAUUAUCGGGAUUUACACGAGAGCUCCAAGAGAUGUUUCUACCAGUUGGAUAUCCGGAUAGCGUAAGCGAAGAUUACCUUAGUUUUCAGUUUUGGGAUACAUUACAGGCAAUGUGCAGCUACCUUCGUGGGGUAUUGGCGACUCAAUCAGUUUUACAAAGUGUUGGUGUAGGUGAUGACAAAGCUACACCGUUAGCAGCAGCAUUGCAAUGGGUUCUUCGUGAUGGGUCGGGAAUGAUUGGAGGAUUGACUUUUGCCUAUUUUGUUGGACCAAAAUUUGACAUAAAUGUUAAACGUUGGCGUUUAUUUGCUGAUGUGAUCAACGACGUGGGAUUAACACUUGAUAUGGUUGCUCCAUACUUUCCCACUUUGGUAACUGAAGUACUCUGUGUCUCAAGUAUUUGCAAGACAAUGUGUGGAGUGGCUGCAGGUGCUACAAGAUCGUCGCUUAUGACGCAUUUUGCUAAACGAGAUAAUAUGGCUGACUGUGCUGCAAAAGAAGGAUCGCAAGAGACAGCUGUGAAGCUUUUUGGAUUGCUCUUUGGCAUGUAUUUCGCCAAUGCAGUCAAUUCGUCACCUUUUGCGGUUUGGUUUGCUUUUCUACUCCUUACGCUUGUGCAUGUAUAUGCUAAUUACAAUGCAGUAGCAUGUUUGUGUAUUCCCACGAUUAAUCGUACUAGAGGUCUUCUUCUUGUACAACGUUUCUUGGCUUGUAAUUACAAUCAUAAUAAAGAACAGGUGGCUCAUCAACUUGGAAAUUAUUCUAUUCGCAGUAUAAAUCAAAACGAACCGAUUUUUAAGGAUCCGAAAGUGCCAGUAACGACUCAUGUAAUCAUGGGAUCCGAACUCCGUCAAACUGUUUGGACUUCAACAGAUCUUGAUCAAUUGCUUCGUGUCUAUGAAGACGAAGCAUAUUUACUUACAAUUGUACAUAAUCACGUCCAUGUCAUGUUUCGAGAUGAAGCAACACCAAAAGAUGAGCUUCGGGCAUUUUUUCAGGCUAUUUUGGUGUUACAAGCUCUAACGUCUGCUUCACCUACUUCUGCGAUUGAGCAUCAACCAUUACUUGAGUCAACGCAUGGCAAAAUGAACGAUCAAUGUGCUAUAAAAAGCUGGUUAGUUGCGUUUCUUCUCAUCUUUCAAUCUCUGCAUACGAUGGCGUUAUCACCCGCUUCUUCAAUGCCUGAUCUCUGUCUGCUUAUUAAGCAACGAGAUAUAGCACGGCUCCGGCUAGCGCUUGAGACGUAUCCUACUCUUGUUCAUCAGUAUCGAUGGUCUGGCGUAACGGGAUUGCAUCGAGCAGUUUCCAUCGGUGAUAUCAAAGCCGUUGCCUUGUUGUUGGAAUUUGGUGCUGAUGUGAAUCAACGAAGCAUAUGGGGUUGGUAUACUCCACUUCAUUUAGCUUGCAAAAGUGGUUGUGAAGAGAUUAUUUGGUUACUGCUUCAAAAUGGAGCCAAGUGGGAGACGCUUGAUAAGGCUAAAAGGACUCCAUUGCAAUGGGCCAUUUGUGCAGAAUGA